AUGGCGCCAGCGAAGAGGAAGCGCGCAGCGGCUGCGGCGGCCGCGGCGGCGGCUGCCGCGGCCAAGUGGAAGGUGGGCGACCUCGUGCUCGCCAAGAUGAAGGGCUUCCCGGCCUGGCCGGCUAUGAUUAGUGAACCAGAGCAGUGGAAGAUGCCUUCUACUAAAAAGAAACCGCUGGUUUAUUUCUAUGGUACUAAACAGAUUGCUUUCUGCAAUUAUGCUGAUCUCGAGGCAUUCACUGAAGAGAAAAAAAGAUCUCUGCUUGCUAAGCGACAUGGUAAAGGGGCUGAUUUCCUGAGAGCAGUUGAUGAGAUAAUUGAAGUUUAUGAUUCUCUAAGGGAUAAAGGUAAUAACAAGGUUGACUUGGCUGCCGAAGAAGUAAAGCCAGGCGUAGAAAAGUUUGCUGAAAAUAAUAGCUGCAUGGAUACUGAAAAUCUGGUCAGUAGCUCUUAUAUGCACAAUGAUAAAAAGAUAGAAGAUCAUUAUGUCACUACCAGGAGACAUGACAUGGUCAAUUCUGACAGGCCUUCAGUCACUAUAAUGGGUGACGAGCGCUGUGUUGUAAAUUCUGCCCCUGAGCCUGCUGAAAAUGUAUCCGUCCUUGAUGAAAUGAGGGAUAUUUCUUUGCGUACUAAUUCAUUUUCAAAUAAGCAAAGGGAUGCACAGCCACAAAAUUGCUACACACGUAGUAGGGUUCCAUCUCUGCGGAAGUCAAGAAGUUCAAUAAGUGUGGAAUCGAGAAAGGCUCAAGGUUCUGGUAAAUUUUUUGAUCAUACCAAUUUGGCUUCUAAUGAUUUGGUUCCUGGUGAACAUAAGGAACGUUCCAGUCGUCAUAGGCAUGAGGAUGACAAAGCUAACUCAGGUUCUGUUUCUACAUCAGAUAAUGUCUGGUUGCAUUCUGGCGGAGGCACUUCCAACCAACCAACUUUGGGGGCUAGUAACAGCAACAGAAUGUUUAAUCCUCCUGCUAAGGUGGAUAGUACUUGUAACAGUGAAGCAUCUGAAAAUGGAACUUCAGAGACAGAAUUGAAAUCAAAUGGCACAUCAAACACAGCAGUAAUUUUCACGAGAAAAAGAAAAUCAGAUAGAAAACCUGUUCCUCAUUAUAAAGAUUGUACAACACCAAAUAAAGAUGAGCAAUUACAUGCUGAAUACAGUGAAAUCCUUCCAGAUUCUCCAAAUUCAAAGAAUGAAGUAAGCAAGUCAGAUGGAGAUGAGCACUUGCCAUUGGUCAAAAGGGCAAGGGUCCGAAUGGGAAGGUCUCAGUUGGAGGAUUCACUAGUUGAUGAAAUUGAUGCUUCUAAUAAGAAGCCAGAGCUUGCAACAACCUUGGACCAAUGUGAUAGGAAUGGUAAACCUGCAAGUCCUGCCAAUGAUUACUCAGCUGAUCAGGUGUCCACAGUCGUAAGUUCUGCUUCUAAUCCGUCCUGCAAAUUUGACACAACUAUCCUGUCAAAGGAAGCUCAUCUUCCUUGGAAGAAUAAAGAAUACCAUCCAAAAAUUUUAGCAUUAGAUGUGGAAGCUGCUUUGCCUCCUUCAAAACGCCUUCAUCGUGCCUUAGAAGCGAUGUGUGCUAAUGUUGCUGAGAAUAUCAACAAUAUACCUGAAGUGACAGGACCAAAUGAAAUGGCUCUAAAUGGCUCUUUGUUGACAGCAAACAGCCAUUCUAAUAAAUCUGCAGAUGCAGUAGUCACAGUAUCCAAUAAUCCUGUAAUAGUUCAAAGCCCUGAACCUUCUUUAGACACACAGUUCGUGCAUAACCCAUCGGGCAAAUGUACCUCAGAAUCAAUUUUACAAAAUAACACCAUUCCUGAUUCUGCUUCAGUUCCUUCAAGAGAAAAUGAUUCCUGUGAAGAAACCCUCAUGGAUACUAAAACGGCCAAUGGUUCUUGUGUUUUUAGUGAACUAGAUAAUGAUUCCUGUGGGAAAACUUCAGCCCUUUGUAUGAAAUUGAAUCGGCCUGCACUUGAUGUUACACAAGCCACAGCUGUACCUGACCGGUUGUCUUCAUCUUUGGAGAAAGCCAGUGAAAAUGUGUCAGCAAGUGGUGUCAAAGAGACGAAACCAUUUGGCUCUGCUGUUUGUGAUGUUGACAGAAGUGCAGAACCAAUUGACCAUUCAAACAACAAUGUGAUGAGCAACACUAUACAACAUAGUGAGACUAUUGUAGUGGAUUCAGUGAACAAUGUGGGGGAUACGGCAAGCAACUCUUCGUUGGCUACUAAAUCAUCCAGUAUACAAUCCGAUGCAGACACCCGGACAUCUGAAGUGCAUACGUUCUCAUCUUUGGCAUUGAAAGAACUGAACCAUAGAAAAAUUAAGGACAGGAGCACUUCUCCAGAUUCAAUGCCAAUGAAAGAACUUAUAGCUGUUGCACAAGCUAGAAGGUUUUCUCGAUCAACUUCCUUUCCAGAUAACUUCCUAAAUGCCAAGUAUAUUCCUGAGACAUCAAUAAAUACACCUCCCAAGGAAGGAUCACACAGGCAGUUGUCACCCUCAAAUCGGAUACUCAGGCCCACCUCUGGAAAUGAUAAUGUUCAUUCUAGGAGUCCUUUUGAUAAUAUUCAACCGAAGAAAUUAGCAGGGCAUGAUGAAGCCAAUGCAGCACGAAGGUCUUUCAAAGAUUUCCUCAAUACAUUGACAAGAACCAAAGAAAGUAUAUCACGCGCGACACGUCUUGCUAUUGAGUGUGCUAAAUUUGGCAUUGCUGGUGAGGCAAUUGACAUCAUCGUUGAACACCUGGAAAAGGAAUCAAAUUUAUAUAAGAGGGUGGAUCUCUUCUUUCUUGUAGAUUCAAUAACACAAUGCUCCCGCAAUCAGAAAGGUGGAGCUGGAGAUGUAUAUCCCUCUCUCAUUCAGGCAGUUCUACCUCGAAUUCUCUAUGCUGCUGCACCUCCUGGAAACUCAGCAUGGGAGAAUCGAAAGCAAUGUCUCAAGGUUUUGAAACUUUGGCUUGAAAGGAAAACACUUUCAGAAUAUGUCAUCCGUCACCAUAUUAGAGAAAUUGAGACUAUCAACGAGGCAUCAUUUGGAAGUUCUCGCCGUCCUUCAAGAACAGAGAGAGCUCUAAAUGACCCUUUGCGUGACAAUGAAGGAAUGCUUGUUGAUGAGUAUGGGAGCAAUGCUGGUUUUCAGCUACCCAACUUAAUUUGUACAAAAGUACUUGAAGAAGAGGAAGAAAGCUCUUCUGAAGAUAGGAGCUUGAGCUUUGAAGCUGUUACACCUGAACAGGAUGCCCCAUAUAAUGAUGACAAUGAAGAAUCUCAAAUACCUGUUGAGAAGCAUCACCACAUUCUUGAAGAGGUUGAUGGUGAGCUUGAGAUGGAGGAUGUAGCUCCACCAUCUGAUAUUGAAGCAACCACCAAAUGCCAACCAGAGCAAAGUGACACCAAUUGUGCACCAUCUGAUCAACGGCCUUCAGAUGUUGGCCCUCCACUUCCUGUGGACUGGCCUCCAUCACCUCCGCCGUUGCCAUCAUCUCCUCCGCCUGUGCCACCUCCUCCACCUGCCCCCGUUCCUCCUCAGAGUGCGCAGAUGCAGCCUAAAUUACAAAUGGCAUCUGAUCCCAUUGGGCCGCAUCCUCCAAGAACUACAUAUAAUGUUCAAAGUCAACAACCGCAUUCAAUUGCAGAGCACCCAGAUAUCGGUACAAUGGACAUGAUCGAGGUCAUCACAGACAUGAUAGAAGGCAUCAUGGGCAUGACAGACAACAACAUUAUGAUGAUAGAGGAUACCACUUUGAUGAUAGAGGAUAUCACUAUGAUGAUAGAGGCCAUUACUUCGAUGAUAGAAGACAUCAUUUUGAUGACAGAGAACAUCACUUCGAUGAGAGAGCUAUUAGGGGGCCGAUGCACAAUGAGGCUGCUGACAGGGGAAGAUAUCCUUUUCCUCCAGGACCUCCUCCGAUUCCUGACCAUUUUGAAGCUCCACCAGCCCCAAUGCACUAUGGGCGACCUUCAGAUCCUCCACCAGGGCCUUGUGCAGGGUGGUCUAGGCCGCCUAGGAUAUCUAAUAACUAUUCUCCCUCAAGACAUUCUGUGGAGCCUCCAGUUUCACAUGCAGCUGGAGGUGCUGAUGCUUUUCUUAGUCUGCGGGGGCUUAACCUGGGAGAGUCUGGUGUCUCUGCUUCAGAUUAAGGCAGAAACGAAACACUCCAGGAAAGUGGGAGCUGUACCUGCCUCCUUGUACAUAUGUAUCUCAAGGAUUCUAUGGCAGUCGGUCUGCCUGAAGUGCUGUUGUAUCCUAGGGGUAGACUGUGCGACCACAUGCAGAGCUGAGUUGUAG